AUGCAUAAAUUUACUUUUCGUUUUCCGUCAAGAUUCCAAAAAUAUUUCAAUGGUCCUAAAAAACUGAUGUUUGUUACAAAUGUCCCAAAGAAGGUGUUUAAAUUUCGACCAAUUUGGGCGACAUGUGGCCUAUUUAGUGCAUAUUUUGGCUUUUUAUUCCUUACCGACACAGAAGAUACACCAGAAUACUAUCCGCGUUAUUUCAGCGCAACUAUCCUACGAUAUUUCCCGUUGAAUGGUCUAUCUAAAGUUUGGGGUCGAAUUGCUCAAUGUUAUAUUCCAGAGCCAUUAAGACCUAUUGUUUAUCAUUCAUAUGCUAAAUUUUUCCAAUGUGAUUUAAAUGAAGUGGAAAAUCCUAAUUUAAAAAGUUAUUCGUGUUUAUCAGAAUUUUUUAUCCGUAAAAUUUCUGCAGAGAAAAGACCUAUACACCAAACAGCAACUUUAGUUAGUCCUGUCGACGGUAAAAUACUCCACUGUGGUGUAAUUGAUCCCCGUAGACCAGUGUUGGAACAAAUCAAAGGUGUACAUUAUUCACUUGAUGAAUUUCUUGGCCCGAUUGUCCAGUUAAAUAAUAAUUCUAACCCACAAAAGACGGAUAGUACACUUUACCAAUGUGUUAUUUAUCUAGCUCCUGGUGAUUAUCAUCGUUUUCAUAGUCCUGUGGAUUGGAUGCCUACAGUUAGACGACAUUUUCCAGGUAGACUGCUAUCAGUUCGUCCUAAUCUUGCUGGCCGCUUGCCCGGUUUAUAUGCAAUCAAUGAACGUGUAGUUUACCUCGGUGAAUGGAAUCACGGGUUAAUGUCAUUCACAGCUGUCGGGGCAUUUGGCGUUGGAAAUAUUCGUGUCAAUAUUGAUCCUACACUGAGUACAAAUAAAAAGCAGCAUAAUCCACUGCGUUAUCGUUUUACAAAUCUUGUGAGAACAAUAAACCAAGAAUAUAAUCCACCAUAUUUAGAGGCAAUAUUUACAAAUAAUAAUGAUAACAAUAAUGAUAAUAAUAAUUAUAGUGUGAAAUUGAACAAGGGCGAUGAAUUAGGUCAUUUCUGUUUAGGUUCUACAGUUGUCCUGAUAUUUGAAGCGCCUAAAAAUCAAUUGAAAUGGUGUGUUACACCUGGUCAACGUGUUAAACUUGUAACUUCCUCACAUGGCAAUUUCGACUUUAGCGUCAUACUGAGCAGGAUGGAUGCUACUGAAUCGAAUGGCAAUUGUCAACUUGCUAUCACUUCACCUAUACCUUCAACACGUCAACGUUACGGCUUAUAUUUACCACCGCCAACUCCAUCGCCUGAGUUAACUCCUUUAACUAGUCCAAUAAUAACUGAUAAUAGUUCAACACCUACUACACUUGUCGAUUCUAAACAAAAUACUCUUCCGAUAACGCAAGAAAGACGUGAAACACCUGAAGGCUUUGUACUGCCUUAUAAUACAGAGAAUAGCACAAGUCGAACAAACUCAUCAAGUGAAGCAGAGACGUCGUUUCUCUCACCAACUCCGAAUAAAUCGUAUGUCUUUAGAAAAACACUUACAUCAGACAACAGUAUAAGAAAUGUCAAAUCAUCUAUUGACUUGAUGAAUGAUAUCAAUGAGGAGAAUUUAAUGUCUCACAGAUCAAAAUGUUUCACUCCUGAGGUGCAUAUAUCACCAACUUUAGCCUCGUCCAGUGUCUCCAACUCAGUGAAAAAUACCACCAUUAAUGGAACAUUAGAAUCUUUUAGUAAAAGUCAACAAAAAUCAAUCACUACGAGUGACUUUGAUACAGUAGUAGUAGUUCAAGAAAAUCCUGAUGUUCUCAAAUGGGAUUAUGCUGGUGAUUUAGCCUCAAAUCGAUUAGAUAUUUCAAGAAUCAAUUCACAAUUGAAUAUUGCUUCUUCUACUUCUACUUCUAAUUGUUGUUCUUCUUCUCGUCCAAUCAAUAUGCCUAUUGAUUUUAUCGAUUAUGAUGCGAGUGUUGCAUUGACAUGGCCAUCUUCUGGUGUUCAUCUGUCACCGCCAUCAAGAUAUGGUUAUCUAUUUCACAAGAAGUAUAAUUUCAACAGAACAUUGAAUCAGAAUAAUUUGUGUAAUUAUUUUUUAAGAAAAAAUCGAUAUGGAAUAAAAAUUGAAACUGGCCUAUCCACAUCUGCCUUGUCUGCUGGUGUAUUAAAUCAAGGUUCAUUUAUAUCUAGUCCAGAUCCUGAAGAUGAUGAUGGAGCGGUGUACAAUUCAUUACCUUUACAUUCCGGUGAUAAUUCUCUUAGCCCAUAUAAAUAUCGCAAUCGCCAGCAUCAUGGUUAUCAACAGGAAUAUUGUCGUCACCAUCAUUACAGUCAGUCACCAAUUAAUUUUCACGACACAUUAGAUGAUGAAUUAGAAAGUGAUGAAAAUUCACAAAAACUUACCUCGAAAACAAGUAACAGUAAUGACCAGCAGCAGCACCACCACCACCAGGAACAUCAGGAAGAAGAAGAAGAUAAAGAAGGAACUGACAACGACAACGAUGAUAAGACGAAUAAUUGUGAUGAAAUGAAAUAUGAAUUACCCACCGAGAAUACAGUGAAUGUCACUUUAAAUCAAAUAUGUUUAAAUACAAGUCAGUCGGUGACAGAGUUACAACAUUUUGCCAAUCGUGUUUUAAAGGCGACUGAAGCUGCAGAAGAACAACUUAGGCAACGAAUAAAUCAUUUAUCCGCUGUUAUGGAUAAAACUGUCAGCGAUGAAAGGCUAAUGGAUGCACCACCGGAACCACGAGCUCGAACAUCAUUGGCAUGUCAGUCAAUUGGGUGUACUGAUGCGUAUCAAUCUCUCCAGAGGGAGGAUAAUAAACAAGAGGAUACCUUAAUCCUGCAAUCUUCAACAAAAAUCAAUCAUCCAAUUACAAACGAUACAAAUAAUGAAAUUUACUAUGACAACAAUGAAAAGAAUUUACGGAUUCUACAGUCAGGACUGCAGCAACAACAACAAGAAGAAGAAGAACAUCAAUCCGAAGAAGACCAACAACAACAACAAAAUGAUUUGUCUUCAUUAUGGACAACCUCUAUAUCAGAUAGAACAGACGACGCCAGCAAUUCCUUUGCGUAUAUAAAUGAUGAUGUUCACAUGAAAGAUGUGUCAAAACAACAACAACAACAAUCAUUGAUAUAUUCAACAGAUUUACCACAAUUACUUCUUGAUGAUAGUGGUGGUGAAACUGAAACGGUAUCCUAUCUAACUCCUCCAGAAGAUGCACAACAUAUUAAGGAGGGUAUUCAAACACCUAGACAAGAUCCAAAUAAUUAUUCAGCUAUGACAACAGUAACUCCAAUGAAUGAGAAUCUCCAUUGUGAAACAGGCGGUUAUGUUGUUGGAGUGGAAAGUUGUCGAAGCAGUAUUAUUGUGGAUGGGAAUUUGGGUAAAUUAUGUUUACACAUAUAUGAAUGUUGA